AUGGUGUGUUGAAUCACAAAUUGGAAUCCUUAUCUAGCUCAUUUCCCAGCUGUUUCUUGCACCAAAGUUUGUGGAGAGAAAAUUGUGUUGAGAGAGAUAUCUGGGCUGGGAUUUGUCUUUUCAGAGAGGGUGUUUUUUUAUUAGGGUUUCAGGGAGAGGAAGAAUAUGGGGAGGGGAAAGAUUGAGAUCAAGAAGAUUGAGAAUUCAACCAACAGGCAGGUGACUUUUUCUAAGAGGAGAGGAGGGCUUAUAAAGAAAGCUCAGGAGCUCUCCAUCUUGUGCUCUGCAGAGGUUGCUGUUAUCAUUUUCUCCAACACAGGAAAGUUAUGUGAAUUCUCAAACUCCAGCAUGAGCAAAAUAUUGGGCAAGUACCAAAAGGAGAAGGGAUCCCAACUUUGGGACGCUGAACAUCAAAACUUGUAUAAUGAAAUCAAGAGACUGAAAGAAGAGAAUGAAAGAUUUAAGAGCAACUUGAGGCAUAUGAAGGGAGAGGAUGUCAAUUCACUACCACUGGAGGAUCUGUGUCUCUUGGAACAAGCUCUUGAGAUUGCAAUAGAGAGAGUUCGAACCAAGAAGGAUCAUUGUUUCGUCGAAGAGCUGUACAACAGCAGGAAAAGGCUAUCUUCAUUGGAGGAGGAAAAUAAGCGUCUGAGAGAGAUUGCGGGAAAUUGUCGAGCAAUGACAAUGGAGCGAGAAAAUGGAUAUGGCGUGAGCAAUGUAUAUGGUGGAGGAGAAGGAGUAACAUCUCUGCAUAUUAGUCCCACAUUUCGUGUGCAGCCAAGUCACCCUAACUUGAAGGAUACUGGAUAUUAAGCCUUUUAAAAACUGUAUUAUGCUAUAUAAAUCUUACAUGGGCUGCUGUUUCUUCCCUGGUAUAUCAUAUCAGACCUUAUUUGCUUUUGCUUCAAAGCAUGGCACUGAAUAAACCAUGAAAAACAUAUCCUUUUAGCUUUGUAAACUGAUAGUUAUUAAUCCUGUAGCAACCCAGCUCAUAGUUUAAGCAAAGAAAAACUGCUGUAAUUUUAGGUGUAUUUGUCUAGACUAAUAUUUGUAUCAUUUGUUUCCUUUGGAAUGGAAGUGGAGACCAAGUAUGAAGUUUUAUUUUA